AUGAGGCCCCUCACAGAUGAAGAGACAAAAAUUUUAUUUGAAAAAUUAUCAAAAUAUAUUGGAGACAACAUAGAGGUUCUCAUUAAUCGAUCCGAUGGUUUGUAUUGUUUUAGGUAUGCAAAGGGUAGAGUGCAUUAUGUGAGUGACUUCAUUAUGAAGAAAGCGGCCCACUUUCCUAAAGAAAACUUAGUCUCCUUCGGUACAUGCUUUGGAAAAUUUUCAAAAAAUAUGAAAUUUCGACUUCACAUUACAGCAUUGGAUUAUUUAGCUCCUUAUGCCAAACACAAAGUGUGGGUGAAGCCAGCUUUUGAACAUCGUUUUUUGUCCGGUGAACACAUUUUGAAGUCAGGGUUGGGAAGAAUGACAGAUAACACAUCUAAAUAUCAAGGCGUCAUUGUAUAUUCCAUGAGCGAUUUGCCGCUGGGAUUUGGUGCCACGGCGAAAUCAACUGCUGACUGUCGACACGCGGACGUCACUAAUAUUUUAGUGUACCAUCAAGCUGACAAUGGCGAAUAUCUUAGAAAUGAAGAAUCACUUAUUUGA